AAUGUAAUCACUACUGCUUUUCUUUUUCUCAUUUUUUUAUGUUUUUCCUCUGGUUUUUUGAGGUAAUGAUUCCUUGAUCGUUUUAGAAUUCGAGAAAUUUGUGCUUUCUUGAUAAACUUCUGUUUUUUAUGCUCAUUUUCUUUCUUUUUAAAAAAAUAGAAUUUGUUAUUGUAUUUCUAAAAUAAAGAAUCCAUCUGUUUGUUUGUAGAGAAAAGUUUUUGCGUACUUGUUUUCCCUGUAAAAAGAAAGCUGACCAAGUAGUAGCAGUAGCAGCUUUAACGUAAACUUAAGAUGAAAUAAGUUACCCCAAUAAAUGAACCCUCUUUAAUUAUCUUUGCUAACUGCAAACUUCAAUUUCGUCGAAAUAAAAUUUCUUUUUUUAUGUCACAGAAAAAAAAAAUCUCCGAAUUAAGUGGUCGGAUGAUUCUUGAAAUAUUCUGAUCCUGCUUUUUGGUUAUUAAGAAAAUGCAAAGAAAGAAACAAAUGGGAUGUGCUUCGGAAUCUAGGGAAGCAAAGAACUUUACGCCUUUUUUUUCUUUGCUUUUUAUCAUUAUUUAAAAAAAUAAAUCUGAUUCCUGAUUUCAGAUUAUAAGAAGCUAAAGUCUUCUGAAGUCUUUUCUCAGAAAAUCUCACUUUCUUUCCUUCCCCUAUUUUCUGGGAGGUCCCCUUUUUUCUUUGUGCAGCUUAAAUUAUAAGUCCUUCUGUUAAUUCUCUCUAUAUAUCACCGAAUAUAUUUGUAAAUUGAAAAUCCAUUUGUAUGGAAAUUUUAGUUUUAUAGGGUUGAAGUAAUAAAAUAGCAAUCGAAAAGUUUUUAUUGGUCCUGAAUGGGAAUUAUUUGUAUUCUGCUUUGGUAAAUUGGAUUUGAAGUGCCUUCCUGUUCCAGACUUUUUCCAGAGAAAUCAAAUUGAGGAAUCUUGAAAAUUAGAAUGUUUUCCCUUCAUGCCUAACACUGUCCAUCUGUCUUAGUAAUAUCUCAUGCUGGUAUUUAUUUGUUUCCUGCCAAUUUCUGCAAGCAGCUAUUUAUCAUUCUCCUUCAUUACUCCUUUAUCUCUUUGGUAGAAAGCUUCCAUGAAUAAUCUAAGGUUAGGAGUGGAGGUUGUGGGUGCCCACGACCUUAUGCCCAAAGAUGGACAGGGUUCAGCCAGUGCUUUUGUGGAGAUCCAUUUCGAUCAUCAGAAGUUUCGAACUACUACUAAAGAGAAAGAUCUAAAUCCUGUUUGGAAUGAGAGCUUCUACUUCAACAUCUCUGAUCCAAACAACCUAUCCAACCUCACUCUUGAAGCCUAUGUGUAUAACCAUGGUAAAGAAAACACCACCAAAUCUUGCCUUGGUAAGGUUCGCCUCACUGGGACCUCAUUCGUCCCAUACUCUGAUGCUGUUGUUUUGCAUUACCCUCUGGAAAAACGAGGCCUUUUUUCUCGUGUCAAAGGAGAACUUGGUUUGAAAGUAUUUGUUACUGAUAACCCUUCGAUAAGAUCCUCAAACCCACUUCCCGCAAUGAAUUCCUCUCUGUUUUCAGAUUCACAUUCAACCCAAGGCCAGCAACCAGAACAACAGAUCCCAAGCUCAGUCCCAAAAGUGUUCUCCAAUGACAAGACUGAAUCAAGGCACACAUUUCAUCACCUUCCAAAUACCAGCCAGCCACAGUCACAGCCACAGCCACAGCCACAGCCACAGAUGCAGCAACAUGUCCCCGUUGCAGCAGCCAUGCAAACAAUGAGUUAUGGAGCUCAAGAGAUGAGAUCUGAACCUCAGGCUCCAAGAGCUGUUCGCAUGUUCUCCGAUUCUUCAUCACAACCUGCUGAUUAUGCACUCAAAGAGACUAGUCCCUUCCUUGGAGGGGGGCAAAUAGUUGGAGGGCGAGUCAUACGUAGGGACAGGAUUGCUAGCACUUAUGAUCUUGUUGAACAGAUGAAGUACCUUUUUGUACGAGUUGUAAAGGCUCGUGAACUUCCCAGCAAGGAUGUUACAGGAAGCCUCGACCCAUAUGUUGAAGUAAGAGUUGGCAACUAUAAAGGAAUUACAAAGCACUUUGAGAAGAAGCAGAACCCUGAGUGGAAUGAAGUGUUUGCCUUUGCAAGGGACAGGAUGCAGUCAUCAGUGCUAGAAGUUGUGGUCAAGGAUAAGGAUCUGGUGAAGGAUGACUUUGUUGGAAUUGUAAGAUUUGACAUGAAUGAGAUUCCAACACGGGUUCCACCUGAUAGUCCAUUGGCACCAGAGUGGUAUCGGCUUGAAGACAAGAAGGGGAAUAAGGAUAAAGGGGAACUGAUGCUUGCUGUUUGGUAUGGUACUCAAGCUGAUGAGGCAUUCCCUGAUGCUUGGCACUCUGAUGCUGUUACUCCUACUGAUAGUUCCUCCGCUAUCUCUGCACACAUACGCUCAAAGGUUUACCAUUCUCCAAGAUUAUGGUAUGUCCGUGUUAAUGUGAUUGAGGCGCAAGACCUGAUUGUUCCUGACAAGAAUCGGUUCCCUGAUACUUAUGUUAAGGUACAGAUUGGCAAUCAGAUCUUAAAGACAAAGAUGGUCCAAACACGGACUAUGAACCCAAUUUGGAAUGAGGAUUUAAUGUUUGUUGCUGCUGAGCCAUUUGAAGAUCAUCUGGUCCUUUCAGUUGAAGAUCGGGUUGGCCCCAAUAAAGAUGAGAGCAUCGGCAAGGUUGUUAUACCACUGAACUCUGUUGAGAAGCGUGCUGAUGAUCGAAUUAUUCGUAGUCGGUGGUUCAACCUCGAAAAGUCCAUUUCAGCUGCCAUGGAUGAGCACCAGGCUAAGAAAGAUAAGUUCUCCAGUCGACUCCAUCUUCGUGUUGUACUUGAUGGAGGGUACCAUGUGCUCGAUGAGUCAACUCACUACAGUAGUGAUCUUAGACCAACUGCAAAGCAGCUGUGGAAGCCAUCAAUAGGUGUUUUGGAGCUAGGAAUUCUGAAUGCUGAUGGACUCCAUCCGAUGAAAACAAGGGAUGGAAAGGGUACUUCAGAUACAUAUUGUGUAGCAAAGUAUGGUCACAAAUGGGUUCGCACUCGAACCAUAAUCAACAGCCUUAGCCCAAAAUACAAUGAACAGUACACUUGGGAGGUGUAUGAUCCUGCAACAGUUCUUACCAUUGGAGUUUUUGAUAACAGUCAUAUUGGUGGUUCAAAUGGUAACAGGGAUAUAAAAAUUGGUAAGGUUCGGAUUCGAAUCUCUACUCUUGAAACUGGCCGUGUUUAUACACACUCAUACCCGUUGCUAGUGCUUCAUUCUUCUGGUGUCAAGAAGAUGGGUGAAUUACAUAUGGCUAUAAGGUUUUCAUACACAUCAAUGGCGAACAUGAUGUUUCUGUACACACGGCCUCUUUUGCCAAAGAUGCAUUAUACAAGGCCAUUGACUGUGAUGCAGCAGGACUUGCUGCGUCACCAAGCUGUCAACAUAGUGGCGGCUAGGCUUAGUCGAGCAGAACCUCCUCUCAGGAAAGAAGUUGUUGAAUACAUGUCUGAUGCGGACUCUCAUCUUUGGAGCAUGAGGCGCAGCAAGGCAAAUUUCUUCAGGCUGAUGUCAGUAUUCUCUGGAUUAUUUUCUGUUGGAAAAUGGUUUGGUGACGUCUGCAUGUGGAAAAAUCCCAUCACUACUGUGCUAGUACACCUCCUCUUCGUGAUGCUUGUGUGCUUUCCAGAACUGAUUCUGCCAACUGUGUUUCUAUACAUGUUUCUAAUAGGGCUUUGGAAUUAUCGUUUCCGACCAAGAUACCCUCCACACAUGAAUACAAGAAUUUCUUGUGCAGAUGCUGUUCACCCUGACGAGCUCGAUGAGGAGUUUGAUACAUUUCCAACAACACGGAGCCCAGAGAUAGUCCGUAUGAGAUAUGAUAGGCUAAGGAGUGUGGCUGGCAGGAUCCAGACUGUGGUGGGUGAUGUUGCUACCCAAGGAGAGAGGGUUCAGUCACUAUUAAGUUGGCGGGAUCCUCGUGCCACAACUAUAUUUUUGACAUUCUGUUUUGUGGCUGCUGUUGUAUUGUAUGCGACACCAUUUCAAGUGCUUGCUCUUGUGGCUGGAUUCUACUCUAUGAGGCAUCCCAGGUUCAGGCAUAGGACACCAUCAAUACCAAUCAAUUUCUUCCGUCGUCUCCCAGCCAGGACAGAUAGUAUGUUAUAAAUGAGUGAUUGAAGUUUUCUGGCAAGGCCACUCUCACCAGUGUAUCUGAUUUGGGUUUUGUUUGGUGAUGCUUGUGGAGCUUUGCGGUGUCUUCUUUAUAUUCUGUUUGUGUUCUUUAAUGGAAAUUAACAGAGAUGUAUACACUGGUAAAUCAGAGUUAAUAGUACAGAUUUGGUAUUCUCCUA